UUAAAAACCAAUCUCUAUUUAUCCCUCUACUAUAAAUAAUUUCUAAAUAUAAAAAAUUUACAGUUAACACAUUCCAAUAUUUUCCCUCUUAUCGUUUCCAAUCCCUAAUUUCCUCUCCAGUUCUUUUUGUUGCAAUUUGAGUUGAAUUUGAAUCGAAAUGGCUCGUACUAAGCAAACUGCUCGUAAAUCUACUGGUGGUAAGGCUCCAAGGAAGCAGCUCGCAACUAAGGCUGCAAGAAAAUCUGCUCCAACUACCGGUGGAGUCAAAAAGCCUCAUCGUUACCGUCCUGGAACUGUCGCUCUUCGUGAAAUCCGCAAAUACCAGAAGAGUACAGAGCUUCUUAUACGUAAACUCCCCUUCCAGCGUCUUGUCCGUGAAAUCGCUCAAGAUUUUAAGACUGAUUUGAGAUUCCAGAGCCACGCAGUUUUGGCACUACAGGAGGCAGCAGAGGCAUACCUGGUGGGUCUAUUUGAAGACACUAACUUGUGUGCCAUCCAUGCUAAGAGGGUGACUAUCAUGCCUAAGGAUAUUCAAUUAGCUCGUCGCAUUCGCGGUGAACGUGCUUAAGAAGAUUUGAAACAGGAAGGAAUGGUUUUUAGUUGCUUGAAUUUUAGACGGUUUUGUAAGUGGUGUAUAUACCUAUACGGCCAUACCUACUUUUACUACUACAUUGGAUACUUUUUGGGUUUAUUUUUUCACAAGGAUGUUAUAAUUAGAGUUCCUUGAUGAUCUGUUUUGAAUUAAUGAUGAAUGGUUUUUCUUCUCA